AUGUCCGUUACCGGAAAUAAUCUAUUCAUGUUGGAGGUGAUCGUGUACCGCGUCACGUUGACGGAUCAGAUCCAGAUACACAACACGUGUCCGGUGUGUGUGUGCUUCCGGUUCCCGGGACUGGUCGAAUUGGCGAUAUGCGAGGGCGGCUUUUGCGCCGACGGUAAGGUCGGUGGGGGCGAAAUCCUGAUGACCAACGGCAAGUCGUGCUUGUUGACGGUCAGCACGGCGGACCUUUGCCGGACAGCCCGCGACUUUUGCGCGAUCAUCAGCGUGAACAGGCGAGUGCUCGGCGAACAGCAAAUGCGAUAUGUCGCUCAGACGAAGCUCGAGUUCGACCGGACAUUCGUCGAUGUCAUACUGAACCCCAUCCAGGAUCAGAGGUCCCGAAAACUGAAAAAGGUUUUGCCGCUCUACGAUAAUGGCCGUCAGCAUCCCGUGGGCACCGUAGAAGUCUUCGUCCGUUUGACUUCGCAAGGGGAUUUAGUGGUCACUCAUUUCAACCGGGCACCGGAUAGCGAUAAAUAUCAGUACAAAGCAAUAAACGAAUUCGUUCCUACACAAUCGACGAUGGAUUGUACUGAAAGAAUAAUGCUUAACCCCAAGAAAAUAUGCAAACACAAAACUUCGUGUAGGAACAAACGACCAAAGGUCAAGCAAGAUCCCGACAGCUAUUGCGGCUCGGAAAUGAAACGGGCCAACUGCGUUAUGACGAUGAUGGAAAAGUUGACAGCCUUAUACAAAGAGGUGAAGACGAUUUCACAGCCGCAGGGCGGCGAGGUUGACGCUGACGGAGAUCAACAGGGCAAACCGUGCAUGUUCGACCUGAACUGUCCGGCCUCCCGUUGCCCUUUCAGGACGGGACAAGCGGCGAACGCUUUCGUCGGCCACUUGAUCGACGGCACCCGACCAGGGAACGUUGGGUCGUCGAAUAACCGGUUGAAGAACCACGAAAUCGUGGACGAUGCGGAUUUGUUCAUCCUGAACGUGGGUCGGGUGGACCCGUGCCGGGUGGUCGCCCCCCUGGUGUACAAGGACGGUUGCUCGCAGUGUUUUGAAACAGACUUUUCGACGGUACUGUUGCCGCCGCCGCCACCAGUUCAGAAAAAGAUAAAAAAAGGCAAGAAAUCGAAAAAUUCAAAAAAAGGCAAAAAGGCGAAGAAAUAA